CGGAUUCAAGCAAGUGAAUUUACGACAGUAUUGUGAAAUAUUCGCACCGCAGCUGUAGGGGGAGCUCCGAGCUCGUUGAUAAAACAUGGGACGAACGUGAAAAUCCGCGAAUGCCCCUUUAACAUUGGAAACGCUUUGAAUAUGAUUGUGAUGUGCCUUGUAUGUUUGAUAUACGAUUCAAUAAAAUAAAAAAAAUAACAAAAAACUAUGGAAACGCUUCCACGUUUGAAAUCACGUGACCAAACGCGUCUUGCUCAUUGGCUGCCGCUGCAACUGAGGGAGACGUCAAACUCUUGUCAAAACUGGUAACCCAUUUCUAUGAUGACGCCACGGGAAAGUAACAUACCAUUUAAUUAUGUGACUAGGUUUUGUAAGCACUGUUUUACCAAGCUACAAAACGCAGUUACAUAAAUAGUCUUCAAGAGAUGACGAUCGUGUUGUAAAACAAACAGUUGACAAUCUCCACCUCAGCAAUCUCUCUCCCAAAGUCUUUGAACAUUAAAUGCCGUUCGGAACAUUAAAUUAUGGACCACGGUUAUGCAUUAGCAGCAGGGACAAUACAAACUCUGCCGAGGAAGCGAAAGAGGUCAGAUGAAAAGAGAGAAAAAGAUAGACUGAGGCAGAAAAACAGAGUAAACAUCGGCGCGGCCUAUUCCAGGUGGAAAGCGCUGAAGGUGGAAAAGGGCAUGAAGAAUGACGCAGAAGUUGCUCGUUAUCUGCUGGACAGGGUGUGUGGGGAACAUCUUCCACAAGUCCAACCCAGUGCAGCUCCGAGAAAGAGAGGACGACCGCGGAAAUCAACAUUUGAACCGAAAACUGAGCCCAGUCCAGACCCCUCCUCAACAGACCACUCUCAGUCCAGUUCAGACCGCCAGUCGGACUCCGAAUCUCAGCCUAGUCCGGAUCCCCAGCCCACAAACGUUGAGGUCCUUGGUAAAUGCCAUGACCUUCCUUCCCUUUGGCCAAAUAAACCAGAUAAACAAGCACAGCCUGAAAGACAAAAUUAUGGAUCUGAUCUAGAUGUCGUGAUUGGUUCCAUUGAACCAUCCUACGGCUUUGCUCGUCAUAGUUCGUCUUCAAGCACAACUACAGAGGAAGACAAUGCAAUGAACUGGGAGGAAAUAAAGGAUGAACUGGCACAGACUACACAGCGACUGGAACAGCGUUUAAACGUCAUGAGAUCCUUAACUGAUGGAGCAUUAGAACCCAUUUCAAUGACAAAAGGAAAUGAUCAGAAGGAAGUAAAAUGGGUGGUCAACAAAUCCAGUUUGACGGGACUUUUUAGAACCUGCCAUCAGUGUGGAGAUCCAGUUCUGGAGUUCAAAACGUUAACAUCGGGGAGCCUCAUCCGCAUUCAGUGGGAAUGCUCAAAGGGACAUCUCAUGUGGCUUUUCCCCAACAACCCAACGUAACAGACACUGAAACCGGACUGCAAAGAAUAAAUCUAGGUUUUAUAAAUUGUGAAUAACAAAUAAAGUUUACUUUGGAAUGAACGUUGACUUUC